AUGGAGUCUCCGAAUCGGGAUGCCAGGGACUUCGGUAACAAUGGACGUGCUGUUGCAGCGGACCCCUACAAUCGCCUUCUUCCUACAGCACCACACCAGAACAACGUUGGAUGGGGACAACAGAGACCACCGAAGCUGCAGAAGAAAAGGAAUACCGCAGUGAUCUCCAUAAAAGCGCUGUUACUAACUUUUUUUGUCUUUAGCCAGUUGGAGUCGUUCAUACUGGUGCCGAGAAUAAAGGAGUUGCAGCGAGAAGCGCGUUUAAAAGGUGAUCCUCCCUUGACAGAUUUAGACGCAUUCAGCCGGCUGGUGGUGAAGUCUAGCCCCAUGAGAUGGCUAAGUAUUUUCUUAUACAUUGGAUUUUGGUCGAUCAUCUUGUCGUUUGCACCGACCUCUAUAGGCGCUGCAUUGCGUCGUUUACGUCCUCUAUUACAGCGUGCAAUAAAAUUUGCAGCGGAAAGAGCUCGACAAGCUCUCGAAGGGGCCGGUGCAGAAGAAGCAACAGAAGAUAUCACAGGAUAUGACCCAGAAACUGCUCCAGAAUACCUCGAGGGAGACGGCGACGAAGAAGCUCCAGGAAAUGCCGAGUGA